AUGCCAGCCACCAACCAAGGCUGGCCCGAAGAUUUCGGCUUCCGGCUGGGCGGCUCUGGUCCCUGCUUCGUGCUCGAGGUGGCCGAAGGGAGCAGCGCACACGCUGGGGGCCUGCGGCCUGGGGACCAGAUCGUGGAGGUGGAGGGCGUAGCGGUGGGUGGGCUGAGCCGUGAGCGUCUAGUGAGCCUGGCUCGGCGCUGCCCUCGCGUGCCCCCCAGCCUCGGCGUGCUCCCUGGUCCAGAUGGCGGCCCCUCAGCUCUGCCCACAGCACCGCGGGUCGCGAGUUCCGGUCGGGGCCUCGCACUGGGCCGCGAGCUGCUGCGCCUAGCCGGCCGCAAGCGCCCUGACGCCGUGCACCGAGAGCGCAGGCGCAGAGCCCAGGAGUUCAGCAGAAAGGUGGAUGAAAUCUUGAGGGACCAGCCAGCUGCCAAGAAACAGGUGUUUGGUGCACUGAAGCAGUUUGCAGCUGAGCAGCGGGUGGAUGACCUAGUGUGGGCCCUCACCCUGGUGCUGCCCCACGAGACCCGCGGGCCACUCCUGGACAACCUCAGGAUCUUCAUCCCCAAGAAGCACCGGGCGCGCUUCGACGAGGUGGUGUCACAGGGCCUGCUGGGCAAGCUGUGCCGCGCCCGCCGGACCCAGGGCGCGCAGAGGCUGCGCCGGAGCCGCAGUGAGGAGCGGCCCGAGCGCCUCCUGGUGUCCACACGCGCCAGCGCCGCGCCGCGUCGCCCCGACGAGCCGCCCCCGCGCAAAGCUGCCUCGCUGCUGGGUGGCCGCGCCGGCCCGGGGGGCAUACGCAGGACUGUCCGAGUCUACAAGGGCAACAAGAGCUUUGGCUUCACUCUGCGUGGCCAUGGUCCUGUCUGGAUUGAGUCUGUCCUGCCUGGCAGCCCAGCUGACAAUGCGGCCCUCAAGUCAGGUGACCGGAUCCUCUUCCUCAAUGGACUGGACAUGAGGAACUGCUCCCAUGACAAGGUGGUGUCCAUGCUGCAGGGCAGUGGCGCAAUGCCCACACUGGUGGUGGAGGAAGGGCUCGUCCCAUUCGCCAGCGACUCUGAUUCUUUGGAUUCCCCCAACCCAUCCUCAGCACUCACCUCCCUGCAGUGGGUGGCAGAGAUCUUGCCAUCCAGCAUCCGGGUCCAGGGAAGGACAUUCAGCCAGCAGCUGGAGCACCUGCUCACGCCUCCCGAGCGCUAUGGGGUCUGCCGAGCUUUGGAGAGCUUCUUCCAGCACAGGAACAUUGACACCCUCAUUGUCGAUGUCUACCCGGUGCUGGACACACCUGCCAAGCAGGUGCUGUGGCAGUUCAUCUACCAGCUGCUGACCUAUGAGGAGCAGGAGCUCUGCCAGGAGAAAAUUGCAUGUUUUCUGGGCUACACGGCCAUGACAGCUGAGCCUGAGUCUGAGCUGGAUCUAGAGCCUGAACCUGAGCUGGAGCCCGAGCCAACACCAGAGCCCCAGCCACGGAGCUCCCUGAGAGCCUCCUCCAUGUGCCGCCGCAGCCUCAGAUCCCAGGGCCUGGAGACCAGCCUCAGCUGUGGUCCCAGCGACUGCCCUGAGAUGCCUCUUCCUCUGAUCCCAGGCGAGCGCCAGGCUGGUGAUGGCACAUCUCUCCCCGAGACCCCUAACCCCAAGAUGAUGUCAGCUGUCUAUGCGGAACUGGAGUCUCGACUCAACAGCAGCUUCAAGGGGAAGAUGGGAACUGUAUCCAAAUCCCGGGCUUCCCCACCAGUCCCCAGCCUGGUGGGCACAGCAGUGCCCAGGACCCUGUCCAACAUCUCAUGGCCCAGUGAGCGGCUCUUGCCCUCCCCCUGCUACGACCCGCUGUGCUCAGGGGGCCUGGCCUCCCCCAGCAGCUCUGAAUCUCACCCUUACGCCAGCCUGGACAGCAGCAGGGCUCCUUCCCCUCAGCCAGGCCCUGGGCCUGCCUGCCCUGACAGCCCCCCUAGUCCGGACCUAGCUCGGGCAUCCAGCCGCAGGAAGCUCUUCACCUUUGCGCACCCUAUGCGGAGCCGAGACACAGAUCGCUUCCUGGAUGUGCUGAGCGAGCAACUGGGCCCCCGGGUCACCAUCGUGGAUGAUUUCCUAACACCCGAGAAUGACUAUGAAGAGAUGAGCUUCCAUGAUGACCAAGGCAGCUUCGUCACCAACGAGCGGAGCAGCGCUAGCGAGUGUAUCAGCAGCAGCGAAGAGGGCAGUUCCCUGACCUACUCUUCCAUCUCAGACCACAUCCCACCACCACCACUCAGCCCCCCACCUCCACCGCCCCUGCCUUUCCACGACCCUAAACCCAGUUCCCGCACCUCUGACCCUCCCCGGGGACCCGCCCAGGCCCUGGCUAAGCCCCUUACCCAGCUUAGCCACCCAGUUCCACCCCCACCCCCACCUCCCCUACCCCCACCUGUGCCCUGCGCACCCCCCAUGCUAUCCCGGGGCCUGGGUCACCGGCGCAGUGAGACCAGCCACAUGAGUGUCAAGCGCUUGCGAUGGGAACAAGUAGAAAACUCAGAAGGCACCAUCUGGGGGCAGCUCGGGGAAGACUCGGACUAUGAUAAACUGAGUGACAUGGUGAAAUACCUCGACCUGGAGCUCCACUUCGGCACCCAGAAACCUGUCAAGGCUGUGCCCAGGCCAGAGCCCUUCAGGAAGAAGGAAGUGGUGGAGAUCCUGUCGCACAAGAAGGCCUAUAACACCUCUAUCCUCCUCGCGCACCUGAAGCUUAGCCCAGCCGAGCUGCGGCAGGUGUUGAUGAGCAUGGAGUCGCGGCGCCUGGAACCUGCACAUCUGGCUCAGCUGCUGCUCUUCGCGCCCGAUGCCGACGAGGAACAGCGCUACCAGGCCUUCCGUGAGGCACCUGGCCGCCUCAGUGAGCCAGACCAGUUCGUCCUGCAGAUGCUGUCAGUCCCUGAAUACAAGACCCGUCUUCGAAGCCUCCACUUCCAGGCCACCCUCCAGGAGAAAACAGAGGAGAUCCGAGGCAGCCUGGAGUGUUUGCGCCAGGCAUCCCUGGAGCUCAAGAACAGCCGGAAACUCGCCAAGAUCCUGGAGUUUGUUUUGGCCAUGGGCAACUAUCUCAAUGACAGCCAGCCCAAAACCAACAAGACCACAGGCUUCAAGAUCAAUUUUCUGACAGAGUUGAACUCCACCAAGACGGUAGAUGGGAAGUCCACCUUUCUUCACAUACUUGCCAAAUCACUGAGCCAGCACUUUCCUGAACUCCUGGGCUUUGCUCAGGACCUACCCACUGUGCCCUUGGCUGCCAAAGUGAACCAACGUGCCCUGACCGGUGACUUGGCUGACCUCCAUGGUACCAUCAGUGAGAUACAGGCUGCCUGCCAGAGCAUGUCCCCCUCCAGUGAGGACAGGUUUGCUGUGGUCAUGGCAUCCUUCCUGGAGACAGCCCAGCCUGCACUGCGGGCCCUGGAUGGGCUGCAGCGCGAGGCUAUGGAAGAGCUGGGCAAAGCACUGGCCUUCUUCGGGGAGGAUUCCAAGGCCACCACCUCUGAGGCUUUCUUCGGCAUCUUUGCAGAGUUCAUGAGCAAGUUCGAGCGAGCACUCAGCGACCUGCAGGCCGGGGAGGGUCCCCGCAGCUCUGGGAUGACCUCGCCCCUGGCCUGGUGA